AUGUCUGAUAAACCCACUAUGGCCAUGAUUGAGAAAUCUCACAAGUUGAAAUUGAAGAAGACAGAAACACAAGAGAAAAAUCCACUGCCUUCCAAAAACAUGAUUGAGCAAGAGGAGCAAGCAGGCGAAUUGUAA